AUGGCUCCAGAUGCAAACCCCCUGUCUGGGCAGAUCGAAGCCUUCGUAUUUGAUGUUUUUGGUACGGUAGUGGACUGGCUUGGUCCAGUCAGUCGAGAUAUUUCUCGACGUGCGGCGAAUCACAAAGUCGAGAUCUCGGGAGAACAGGCAUCUGACUUUGCAAAGCAUUGGAGGAAUGGGUACGAGGAAGAGACACUUCGUCUUUCGGCGCCUGGUGCUGAGGGACCAUGGAAUGUUGAUAUACUGCAUCGCCAGAUCCUUGAAAGAAUCCUGAACGAAGAACGAUGGAAGCCACUUGCAGAAGUAUGGAGUGCAGAAGAGAGAGCGGAACUCAAUCUUACCUGGCAUCGUCUAGACGGCUGGCCUGACUCGUCGAAAGGCCUCUACGCCCUCAAGAAGAGAUACAUCAUCAGUACCUGUUCGCAUGGAAGUGUGAGGCUACUGGUCGAUAUGGCCAAACACACCGACCUUCCGUGGGACCUUGUCUUCUCGUCCGAGUUAGUCAGCUCGUAUAAACCGUAUGCCUCUUCUCCUUCAAUGUCAUCCUUUCACUUCCCUGAUAUGCGAACCAUGCCGCCACGCCACGCGCCAUACCACCACGCUCGAUCCAGGAACCCUAAGGUCUAUUCUGGCGUGGCACACUACCUCCAGCUACCUCCACAAAAAGUAGCCAUGGUUGCUGCACACGUCGAUGAUCUUCGUGGAGCUGCUGCGGCCGGCCUACGAACGAUAUACGUGAGACGUGGCACAGAGGACGCGGGCGAUGGCAUUGAACAGAGAACGGGCUAUAAGCCGGGGGAGUUCGACAUCGUCGUGGACAGUUUGACAGAACUCGCGGAAAUGUUUGUAUGA